ACUUAACUAGAUUCUUUUGUUUUUCAGUGCCUGACAUGGAAGCGUAUCUACUUGCCCUUUGAUUCCAUUUCUGCUACCUGCUACCCCUUUUCAGUUCUCUGAACUCGUGUCUGACGUGUUCUCUCUCUAUUUAAAUCUCUCUUUGCCUCUUAUCUUAUGUCUGUACUUAGAGUAUAUUCUUGAAUACUGUUAGCAACGGUAAAAGGAGCCUCUGUUGCAAUAGUUCUUGGUAACUACCUGUCAUGUCUAGCAGUCGUCCCCGGUUCUGCCCUUCUUCUAUGUCAGCAACCUUCACAGACCCUGCAUCAAAAUUAGUCACAGGAGAAUUCAAGACAACCAGUCUGAACUUUCAUGGAGCCAAGGAAAGGAUCAAGAAGAUGUUUGAUAAGAUUGAAUUGUCAGUGUCCUCAUAUGACACUGCUUGGGUGGCAAUGGUCCCAUCUCCAUAUUGUCCGGAAACUCCUCGUUUUCCAGAGUGCACAAAAUGGAUUUUGGAUAAUCAACUUGGUGAUGGCUCCUGGAGUCUUCCUCAUCGCCAUCCAUUGCUAGUUAAGGAUGCUCUUUCAUCUACAUUAGCGUGCAUCCUUGCAUUGAAGCGAUGGGGUAUCGGUGAAGAACAGAUAAAUAAAGGCCUUCGAUUUAUUGAGUUGAAUUCCGCUUCAGUUACGGAUAACGAGCAACAUAAACCAAUUGGAUUUGAUAUAAUAUUUCCUGGCAUGAUUGAAUAUGCCAAAGAUUUGGAUUUGAACCUCCCUUUUAAGCCGACAGAUAUAAAUUUCAUGCUCCACAGGAGGGCGUUGGAGCUUACAAGUGGCGGUGGCAAGAACUUGGAGGGCAGAAGAGCGUACUUGGCAUAUGUUUCGGAAGGAAUUGGAAAAUUACAGGAUUGGGAAAUGGCCAUGAAAUAUCAAAGAAAGAAUGGAUCACUGUUCAAUUCACCAUCCACAACAGCAGCUGCUUUUAUUCAUAUUCAAGAUGCUGAGUGUCUCCGUUAUAUUCGUUCACUCUUACAGAAGUUUGGGAAUGCAGUUCCAACCAUUUAUCCAUUGGAUAUAUAUGCUCGUCUUUCUAUGGUUGAUGCUCUUGAAAGGUUGGGAAUCGAUCGGCAUUUUAUGAAGGAAAUAAAAAUUGUAUUGGACGAAACAUACCGAUUUUGGUUGCGGGGGGAGGAAGAGAUAUUUUUUGAUAAUGCCACUUGUGCUUUGGCAUUUAGGAUAUUACGUGUGAACGGAUAUGAUGUCUCCCUAGAUACAUUAAACCAAUUUUCAGAAGAUCAUUUCUCUAAUUCACUGGGAGGAUAUUUGAAGGAUUCGGGAGCUGCCUUAGAGUUGUACAGAGCUCUGCAGCUAAGUUAUCCAGAUGAAUCACUUCUGGAAAAUCAAAAUUCUUGGACAAGCGAUUUCCUGAAACAGGGAUUAUCCAACCCUUCACUUUGUGGAGAUCGGCUUCGUAAAAAAUAUUCACUUCAGGUGCAUGAUGCUCUCAAUUUUCCUGACCAUGCAGAUUUGCAACGCAUAGCUAUCAGAAGAAGAAUUAAACAUUACGCUACAGAUGAUACGAGGAUUUUGAAAACUUCGUAUCGUUGUUCGACUAUUGGUAACCAGGAUUUUCUCAAAUUGGCUGUAGAAGACUUCAAUAUCUGCCAAUCAAUACAGCGUGAAGAACUCAAACAUAUCGGGAGGUGGGUUGUAGAGAGGAGACUGGACAAGCUAAAGUUUGCUAGGCAGAAGGAGGCCUACUGUUACUUCUCUGCUGCAGCAACUCUCUUCGCUCCAGAACUAUCUGAUGCACGCAUGUCAUGGGCAAAAAAUAGUGUGCUUUCUACUGUUGUUGAUGACUUCUUUGAUGUUGGUGGUUCUGAGGAAGAACUAGUAAACCUUAUUCAAUUGAUUGAGAGAUGGGAUGUCAAUGGCAGUGCUGAUUUUUGUUCUGAGGAAGUUGAGAUCAUAUAUUCGGCAAUUCACAGCACUAUAAGUGAGACAGGAGACAAAUCUUUCGGAUGGCAAGGACGCGAUGUGAAAAGCCAUGUUAUCAAGAUUUGGUUGGAUUUGCUCAAAUCCAUGUUGACAGAAGCACAAUGGUCAAGUAACAAAUCAGUGCCAACCCUUGAUGAAUACAUGACAACUGCAUAUGUAUCGUUUGCUUUAGGGCCUAUUGUCCUUCCAGCUCUGUAUUUUGUGUGGCCUAAGCUUUCAGAUGAGGUUGCUGGACAUCCUGAAUUGCUUAAUCUAUUUAAGGUUAUGAGCACUUGCGGGCGUCUGCUCAAUGACUGGAGAAGCUUUAAGAGAGAAACUGAAGAAGGGAAAUUGAAUGCUGUCUCAUUGUACAUGAUUCACAGCGGUGGCGCUUUAACUGAAGAAGAGGCCAUUGAACAUUUUAAAGGAUUGAUCGACAGCCAGAGAAGACACUUGCUUCAAUUAGUUUUGCAGGAAAAGGAUAGUAUAAUUCCUCGACCCUGCAAGGAUUUGUUUUGGAACUUGAUAAAGAUAUUGCACACGUUCUACAUGAAGGAUGAUGGAUUCACUUCAAACGAGAUGAUAAGUGUUGCCAAGGCAAUACUAAAUGAACCCAUCUCUCUAGAUGAAUUAUAAGCAAAUGCUAUGAAACAUGUGAAUCCUGCCUACUUUUCUGAAUUUCUCAAACCAGCAGCGAGGUAUCUGUCAUUGUUGUUUAUGAA